AUGGCCUUUUCUGCGGCUAGGGCUACUGCUAACAUUGACACACUACUGCGUUUCGUCAUAGAGAUUCUCUUCGACUUCUUUAUCAUGGCCUUUAUCAACGGUCUUCGAACUAUCGCACACUCUUUUACUCGAAUUCUGACCGAGAAAACCACGGGAGCUUCGGUAGUUGCCGAGAAUGCGCAAUACCUGCUGCGAAAGGCAAAUGCUAAAGGCAAACAAUGGGAUAUAGCCGUUGAGCAAGGUGGGCAUCCCGUCAGUCAUGAUACUGAAGGACGUUCGGGAUGCGCGAGCGAGAAACAAGAAUACCCUUUCUACAUUCAAGUAAGGCAGGAAGCUAAGCAGGAGCAGUUAGUGGGCAAUAUCGUGUGCAUGUUUCAUAGCGCAAUCAUAAACAAACCCGGGGCAUUUUCCGAGAACCGAUCAUCCCAAAAUGGAAAAAUUUGGUCAUUUUAUGAUGAACGAUCUUGCCAGGAUGAUUUUCAUGGAGGUCAACCCUCUUCUAACUAUGGGUAUAUCCCAGAAAAUUUCAUAGGGCAGCUUCUUGCUGAAUGUGUUUUUAUGUCACUGUCAAUUACUACUACAACUUAA